GUGGCAGUAUGAGCAGCAGGCGAAGCAGCAGCAGCAGCAGCAGCAGCAGCAGCAGCAGCAGCAGCAGCAGCAGCAGCAGCAGCAGCAGCAGCAGCAGCAGCAGCAGCAGCAGCAGCAGCAGCAGCAGCAGCAGCAGCAGUAGCAGCAGCAGCAGCAGUAUCAGCAGCAGCAGCAACAGCAUCGACAGCACCAGCCGCCCAGUCAGAAGCAGCCGCUACUGUAGCCGCACCGGCGGUCAUGCCGAUAGUGACGACAGCGACAAUCAAACCGACAAUGCUGCCCCCUCUGCCGCGAGUAGCUGCUCAAAGGGGAAGGGGAAGGAGAAGGCACCUGAUGAGGAGGAGGUGGAGGAGGUGGGGGAGAUGGAGGAGGUGGAGGAGGUGGAGGAGGUGGAGGAGGUGGAGGAGGUGGAGGGAGAGGAGGGGGAGGAGGGGGAGGAGGGGGAGGAGGAGGGGGAUGAGGAGAUGGAAGAGGAUGAGGAUGAGGGAAUGGCAGAAGGGGAGGAGUGCAGCAAUGGUUUGAAUUGACCGUACUCUUUGUGCUAAAGCU